AUGGUAGAGAGGACAGCAGAUCAGCGUAUACGCACGACAGAGUGGGAGGAUAUUCAAUAUAAACACGGCAAUCGCGUAGGAAAGUACGCCACUAAUGAACUCGGUAUUCUUGCGCAAAAGAUUGCUGAUGAGAAUGUGAACACAUGUUUAAAAGCAUACGAUCCCCACGAAGAGCGCGUGCGUGACAAAAUGGAACGAGGGGGUUAUGAUACAGAGCAGAAGGAAGGAGAGUCUGGUGUAGAUCACCUUUUGACAGGAGAAGGUAGUGAUGAUGAUGAUGAUGAGGCUCUAGCGGCAUUUCGUAGGAAGCGUUUAGCAGAACUACAGCGACAACAGGAGGCACAACGAUUUGGUGUUCUUCGUCAUAUCUCAAGUGGAGAUUACACGACUGAAGUUACAGAAGCCUCUGCAAAUAACUGGGUUGUAGCUCUUCUCAUCAAACCUGGUAAUAAUGAUUGUGAAAAACUUCUUUCUGUCAUGAAAGUAGCGGCACAGCGGCAUCGUGAUGUAAAGUUUCUCUCUAUGAUUUCAACCGAAACCAUAAAGAACUUUCCCGACCGACAUCUUCCCUGUGUCUUAUUGUACAAAAAUAAACAACUCCAGCAACAACUCACUGAGCUAAGAAGCUGGACUUCGAAACGUAAUGAACUAUCGUUAGAGUCUGUAGAACGAGUCUUACACCACUACGGUGUAAUUCACAAGGAGGAGUUUGAUGUAGAGGAGGAAGAGGAUUGA